AUGAGGGCGGAGCAGCAUGUGAGGAAGCUGAGGGAAGAACGUCCGGAGCUGCUGGGGGAGAAAAUGGUGAAAGAAGCCGUGAGAGGAGCUGAGACGGGUGUGAGGAGCAUAAAAGUAGGGAUGGCGUGCGACUGGGGGACAGGAGACCUACGGGUAGGAGGAUGGGAAGGUCCAGUGUGGGACAAAGCCCAGGAGCAAGAGGAAGCAGAGAGGGAGAGCAAGGAAGUGGGGGCAUGGGAGUGCCUGCCUGUGGGGGAAGAAAGGCAGCAUACAAUGGAAAAUGCGACGAGUCAGGAAGCAGAAGAGGCCGUGAAGACGGUAAGGGCGAUGGUGGACUAUGGGGCGAGCCAGUCCAUCCUGGUGAGUGGGGAGAGUGGAGCCGGCAAGACGGAGACCACGAAGCUCAUCAUGCAGUACCUCGCCUACAUGGGAGGCCGCGCCUCCUCCGACGGCCGCACCAUCGAGUCCCAAGUCCUUGAGGUGCGUGCUCCCUUGCCUUGCCAUUUUUCUCUACUCCAAGUCGAAUCCGUUGCUGGAGGCCUUUGGGAAUGCCAAGACUGUCCGCAACAACAACUCCAGGCAAGCUCACUCCUCCACAUAACCCGUCACCCUUCUCUCCACCCUCCUUCUCCUUUGCCCGCCCACCUCCUCUCUCGUCCCCCCAUCCAUUCUUCCCUUACAUUCAACACCUCCCUGUCCUCCUACUUUCCCCCCUUCUCCCGUUUCCCCAGCCUGCUCCCUCGCUUCUCCUCACUCUCCUCACCCUCCUCCCCUCCCCUCCCUCCCCCUCCCCCCUCCACCAGUCGCUUUGGCAAGUUCGUGGAGAUUCAGUUUGACCGGGCGGGGCGCAUAUCGGGGGCGGCAGUGCGCACGUACCUGCUGGAGCGGUCCAGAGUGGUGCAGAUAACAGACCCCGAGCGCAACUACCACGCCUUCUACCAAGUCUGCUGCGGUGCUUCUGAAGAGGAGCGGGCGCGGCUGAAGCUGGGGGCGGCAGAGACGUACCACUACCUGAACCAGAGCAACUGCUACGAGAUCCCCGGCAAGGACUCCAACGCCGUGGAGUAUCAGAAGACCCGCCGCGCCAUGGAGGUCGUGGGGCUCACUCUUGAUGAACAGGAGUCGAUAUUCCGCGUGGUGGCGGCCAUUCUGCAUCUGGGCAACAUCACGUUCAAGGCGGGCACAGCAGCGGACUCGUCCAAGCUACACGGCGACAAGUCCAAGUUCCACCUCGAAGCCGUUGCAGAGCUGCUCAGGUGUGAGAAGAAGAAGCUACGAGAGUCGCUGUUGACGCGCACGUUGGUGACUCGGGACGGCAACAUCAAGAAGGACCUGGACCCCGCUGCUGCCGUCGUCAGCCGAGACACCCUCGCCAAGACAAUCUACUCUCGCCUCUUUGACUGGCUAGUGGACAAGGUGAACAAGUCCAUAGGGCAAGACCCCGACUGUGCGUCGAUCGUUGGUGUGCUUGACAUCUACGGCUUCGAGACCUUCCAGUUCAACAGUUUCGAGCAGUUUUGCAUCAACCUCGCAAACGAGAAGCUCCAGCAGCACUUCAACCAGCACGUGUUCAAGGCGGAGCAAGAGGAGUACGAGCGAGAGGAGAUCAACUGGAGCUACAUUGAGUUUGUGGACAACCAGGACGUGCUCGAGCUCAUAGAGAAGAAACCAAUGGGCAUCAUAUCACUGCUAGACGAACAAUGCAUGUUUCCCAAGUCGAACGCGGAGACGUUCGCCACGAAGCUGUACCAGACGUGUGCGCAGCACCCGCGGUUUGAGAAGCCCAAGCUGUCGCAGACGGACUUCACCAUCAACCACUACGCCGGGCAGGUGACGUACCAGUCGGACCUGUUUCUGGACAAGAACAAGGACUACGUGGUGGCGGAGCAUCAGGACCUGCUGGGCAACUCCAAGGACCCCUUUGUCGUCUCGCUCUUCCCGCCCAGUGCCGGCGGCGAGAAGGCCAAGACCAAGUUCACCUCGCUUGGCUCCAGCUUCAAGCAACAACUGGCGGAGCUGAUGGCGUCGCUGGGCACGACAGAGCCGCACUACGUGCGGUGUGUGAAGCCCAACAGCAAGAACCGCCCGGGCGCAUUCGAGAACCAAAACGUCAUCCAGCAGCUGAGAUGCGGGGGUGUGCUGGAGGCCAUUCGCAUCAGCUGUGCAGGCUACCCCACACGUCGCUCCUUUGACGAGUUCCUCUCGCGCUUCUCCAUGCUCGCUCCAGAUAUUCUCCUCGACUCCAGCUACGAGGACAACAAGUCAGCAGCCAAGGCCAUGCUGGAGAAGCUCGGCCUAACCAACUUCCAGGUGGGGAAGACGAAGGUGUUUCUGCGCGCGGGGCAGAUGGCGAUGUUAGACGCCAUGCGCACGCAGCACCUCAACUCCGCCGUGCGGGUCAUCCAGCGCUACACGCGCUGCUGGCUGCAGCGCCGCCGCUUCCUCGCGCUCAGGAAGGCCGCUGUCAAAGCACAGGCGCUGUGGCGAGGCAAGGCGGCCAGGAAGGAGUAUGAGCGGCGGCGCAGGGAGGCAGCAGCGGUGCGCAUUCAGAAGCACUACCGCGCGCACCUGGCGCUCUGCCAGUACGCGCGCGUGCAGCGCGCCGUGCUGACGCUGCAGGCGGGGGCGAGGGGCAUGUUCGCGCGCUCUGAGGCCAGGAGCAGACGGCGGAACCUUGCUGCCACGCGCAUUCAGACGCGGUAUCGCGGGCACAGGGAGCGGCGGGCGUAUAAGAAGCUGAGGGCAGCAGCGGUGGUGCUGCAGUGCACCUGGAGGGGCAGAGCAGCCCGCCUGCACCUCAAGCGACUCAAACACGAGGCAAAGCAAACGGGGGCGCUACAGGCGGCAAAGACGCGGCUGGAGAAGCAGUGCGAGGAGCUCACAUGGCGCCUGCAGCUCGAGAAGCGCAUGCGGUCGGACCUGGAGGAGGCGAAAUCAGCGGAGAUAGCGCGGCUGCAGCAGGAGAUGGAGCAGCUCAAAACAGACCUGCACACCGCCACCACCCAGGUGGACCAUUUGCAAGCACAGCUGCGCGCAGGCGGAGGAGGGGGAGGGGGCGCAACCGCUGGUGGGGUGGCAGGGGGAGAGGCGACAAGAAUAGGGCGCAGUGCGUCGGGAACGCACACGGCGCCGUCGUCAGCGGCAGCAUCACCGGUGCUCAUGGCGUCGCGCUCCGGCAGAGAUAUGGUGUCGCCACCGCAGCCAGGCAAGCAUGGCGCUGGCGGUGCCAGGGCAGUGGAUCUCUUGUUGCCUGCUGCUGCUGGUGCUGGUGCUGGUGGCGGUGGUGGUGGUGCGUCUGCUGGUCCCUCCUCCCCUGCUGCGCGCCCUGCGUUCUCGCACCCCUUGUCCCGCAUCUCCAGCGCGCGGCUGUCUGGUAGCAGCCCGUCAGGCCGCAUGGACCAUGGUGCUGCCGUGGGCAAUGGAGGGACUGCAGUGGACGGGGCAGCAGGCCCGUGGGAGGGCGAGGGAGCAGCAGCAGGGGAGGGGGGUGUGGUGGAGGGGGGGAUGAACGGGGUGGUGGUGGAUGCGGCGGUGGUGGCGGCGGCGGCGCAGGCGAGUGCAGCGAUGCUGGAGAAUGAGAAGCUGAAGGAGGCGCUGGAGGCGUCGGACUCACGGGCGGCGGCCAUGGAGGAGGUGAUCGCACGCAGGGAGGAGCGUAUUCGGGAGCUGGAGGAUGAUGUGCUAACGCUCAAGGGCGAGUGCGGCAGGCUGCAGGAGCACCUACAGGGCAUGGAGCGGGAGUUCCAAGUGCUGCGCCGCCAGUCCCUCUCAAUGGCUACGGCCACUGCUAACGGCGCCGCGCCUGGUGGACUCCACGCGCCUCAGCGCGCCCCCUCCGGGCGGCUGUCCUCUGCACUCUUCGGCAUGGCGGCACAUGGCACUGCUGUGGCGCCGUCGCCCCCGCCCGUGGGGCUGCCUGCUGCUCGCGAGGCGGCGAACAAGGUGGCGGCGUCUCAGGAGGCGGAGAUGAAACGCCACCAUGUGCUGGCGGAGCGACAGCAGGCGGAUCAAGACGCAGUGCUGCAGUUUGUGGUGUCAGACCUGGGCUUCGACAACAACCGUCCCGUGGCAGCAUGCGUGCUCUACCGCGCGCUGCUGCACUGGCGCUCCUUCGACGCCGAGCAGACCAACGUGUUUGACCGCAUCAUCCAGACCAUGAGUGUUGCCGUGGACACCCACGACAGCACCGGCACCACCAGCAACAGUGCGGACAGGCUGGCGUUCUGGCUGUCGAACGCGUCGGCGCUGCUGCACCUGCUGCACCGCUCGUUCCGCCCUGGGGGGGCCUCGCAGAGCCAGAUGCAGGCGCAGCGGCGGCGCCAACAGCAGGCUGCCACGUCGCUGUUUGGCAGGAUGACUCAGUCGUUCCGAGGGCCAGUGGCGGCGGCGCAGGACGAGGCGAGUGCGGUGCAGGCGGACGGGCUGCAAGCAGUGGACCCCAAGUUCCCCGCACUGCUCUUCAAGCAGCAGCUCACGGCGUUCGUGGAGAAGGUCUACUCCACCAUCCGCGACAACCUCAAGAAGGACAUCUCCCAGAUGCUCGUCGCCUGCAUCCAGGCGAGCCGGUCGUUCCGGCCGGGGGUGAUGACGCGGCAGCAGCAGCGCGGACAGGCAGCAGACGCGCGCACGGCCGCACAGAGCCAGGCAGCAGCGGCGCCGGGAGUGGCGCAGUGGAGCGGCAUCAUAGCGCGGCUGACAGAGCUGCUGAACACGCUCAAGGCCAACCACGUGCCCGCCUUCCUCGUGCGCAAGCUCUUCUCUCAGAUCUUCGCCUACAUCAACGUGCAGCUCUUCAACAGUCUGCUGCUGCGCCGAGAGUGCUGCUCGUUUAGCAACGGGGAGUACGUGAAGGCGGGUCUAGCAGAGCUGGAGCGGUGGAUCUACGAGGCCACGGACGAGUACGCGGGCUCUGCAUGGGAGGAGCUUAGGUUCAUCCGCCAAGCUGUUGGCUUCCUGGUGAUACACCAGAAGCCCAAGAAGUCACUGGAGGACAUCAGCAGCGACCUGUGUCCGGCGCUGAGCAUGCAGCAGCUGUACCGCAUCAGCACCAUGUACCGCGACGACAAGUACGGCACGCACUCCGUGGCGCCGGCAGUCAUCAACGCCAUGCGUGUGAAGAGCACGGAGGAGUCGGCUCUCAACGGCACCAACUCCUUCCUGCUUGAUGACGACUCCUCGGUGCCAUUUGCGGUGGAUGAUAUAUGCAAGGAGCUGCCGAACCUCUCUCUCAACGGGCUGCACAUGCCGCCGCACCUCCGCGACUCAGGACCCUUCCACUUCCUCUUCUCCUAG